AUCCUCCGGCGCAUCAGCUGUCCCGCACACAGGCGCACUUGUUGGCUGUGAUGAAAUAAAACGCGCACACCGGUGCGGUUUUGGAGCUGAGGCUGCCUCACGUUGAAACGUGCAGCUGGCGGCUCGUGCGGCGCUGUGCCCGCGCGUGACGAUUCCUCUGACGCGCCACCGGACGCACCACUCAGGAGAAGACAGGAGAGCUGGAAACCGGUUCCCUUCUGUCCCCCUCCACCCCAAUUUUGCUCCUUCCUUGACGACUGUGGACUGGAUCCUGCGUGGCGCUGAACCCACGGACGGCUUUGAGCGAGAUCCACACCCGCGCUUGUGCAGAAAUGGAGGUACCGGGUUUGGCGCACAACAUCCCCAGUCCGCUCAGCCCCUGUGAGGGUAUGAUCAAGGACCUGAGCCUGGACGCCCUGCAGCUGUGCGAGCGAGAAGGAAAUAAAUCCCAGGACAGCAGCAUCUCAGAGAUGGUGGAGCUGCCCGUCCCACAGAACAUCAAGAUCAGCAACAUUACCUGUGACUCCUUUAAGAUCUGCUGGGACAUGGAGCCAAACACCAAGGAGCGCAUCACACACUAUUUCAUCGAUUUAAACAAGAAGGAGAACAAGAACUCAAACAAGUUCAAACACAAGGAUGUUCCUACCAAGUUGGUUGCCAAGGCGGUGCCCCUGCCCAUGACUGUGCGGGGUCACUGGUUCCUCAGCCCACGCACAGAGUAUACCGUGGCUGUCCAGACUGCAUCCAAACAGGCCGACGGGGACUACGCUGUGUCCGAGUGGAGCGAGAUUGUGGAAUUCUGCACUGCCGAUUAUUCCACUGUUCAUCUAAACCAGCUGCUGGAAAAGGCAGAGGCCAUUGCGGGCCGGAUGCUGCGUUUCUCUGUCUUUUACAGGAACCAGAACAAGGAGUACUUUGACCAUGCCAGGGAGGAGCAGGAAAAUCAGAUGCUGCCAUCAGUGAAGGACAACAGCGGCAGUCACGGCUCCCCCAUCAGCGGCAAACUGGAGGGCAUUUUCUUCAGCUGCAACACAGAGUUCAACACGGGCAAACCGCCACAGGAUUCCCCCUACGGCCGCCACCGCUUUGAAGUUCAGGGUGAGCUGCUCUUCAACCCUGAUACCAACCUCUACUUUGGAGACUUCUACUGCAUGUACACGGCCUACCAUUAUGUUAUACUGGUCCUGGCACCGAAGGGCUCCCGAGGCGACGAAUUCUGCAAGCAGAGGCUUCCUGCUCUCGACAUCAGCAACAAUCGUUUCCUCACCUGCAAGCAAAGUGAAGAGGUUGACGGUGCCCUGGUGUUUCACCAUGCCCAGGACAUCAUCCUGGAGGUGAUCUACACGGAGCCCGUGGAUCUGGCAUUGGGCACGGUGGCUGAGAUCAGCGGGCACCAGCUGAUGAGCCUGUCCACAGUAAACGCCAAGAAGGAUCCCAGCUGCAAGACCUGCAACAUCAGUGUGGGACGCUAGCAAGGGGGAGGGACUAGAGGUGACUCUGCACAUACACACAAAGUGAACAUGUACUGAUGAAAGCAGUCCAACACAUGCAUGAAGCAGCAGAUUUCACAAACAUAUACUCACAAAAGCCCAUCGUUCCCAAAGAAAAGUGGAGAGAAAAAGAAAGCCGCAUAGACGUUUCAACACCCGCAAAGGAUUUUCAUCAAAGUUAAUAACAUCGUCAAAGUAACAUCACAUAAUGGACCAGCAACAAAUACAAUCAGCAUCCAUCCUACAAGUCAGCACUGUUGUAUUUAACAAACCCUUUAACUGUUUGAACAAACACUGGCUGCAUCGCUUACGUUUUCUCACUUAUUUUAACCAGUUGUCAAUAUUUUAUGAAUGACUUUUGCCUUGCUAUUAUUGAUAUGUGAUUGGUUAGUUGUCCACCCCCCCCCCCCCCCACCCCCCCAAUGUAGGGAGGCCUUUUGUUGUUUCCAGAUAAUUUCAUACAUUUUCUAAUUGGAGAUAUUUUAUUCUACACUAGACAAAAAAGAAGUCUUUUUACCUCCCUCUAGUGGCAAUGACUGGUAUUGCUAUUUCCUUGGGUUCGGCGUCAAUUAUUAUUAUUCAUUUUUAUACCAAAGGUAUUAAAAACUAGACAUAAUGCUGUGGAAUCUUAACAGUACUAAUUCAACAACCUCUGUGAAAUGUAUUUACUGUCUGUGAUGGGCCAGUGUGAACUCCUUGUUAACCUUUAAAAAGAAGCAUGAUGCAGUCCUGUGCAGCAUGACCAUGAAAGCUGUCAGUACCUCUUAUAAUGGCAACUUUUUAUUAUUAUUAUUGUUGUUUUGCAAAAUCACUUUUUUUAAAGUGUAGUUUAAGGAAAGAAAGUAGAACCAUAAACUGUUUAGCAGAAAAAAUGUGACAAAAUAUUUUUUUAUUGAUGCAUACAUAUAUAUAGAAAGAAAACUAUAUAAACCAGAAGUGCACAAGGUCACAAGCUCUGAUCAUAAACAACGGCGUAUACUGUCCAAGAAAAACAGGAGGAUAAAUGCUAACCUGACAGCAAAAACUUGCACUAUGAUGCCAAGGUUCUUUUUUUUUUU